AUGAUAAACAUUCGCAAUAAGGUGAGUGAGAAAAAGAAAGAAAGGGCCAUUCAAAAUUUGCUAACGCAAGCCCCUCCAGGAGAAUUUAGAAAGAGUUUUGAUGACCUUUCUCUGCUGGUUCAAGAUGAAAAACUAAUGCGACAACAGGGAGAAUGGGCUGGUAACAAAUACUGCAAAAAAUAUUUUGUGCCACUCAAUAUAGACGGGCAUCAAGUAUUACUCGCUCACCACAAUGAACUGGGUGACCAGCGCUUUUUUGACUCUCAUUCCAGGCUUUCUUUCAAAUUUGAUGUUCUUGAGAAUCAAUUGAAGGACAUUGAGAGUCAUGGUGUUCUCCGUAAUGAAGCAGAAUGUCUGAGGAUGGUGGUAUCUUAUGCUUUAAAAAUAUAUGUGAGCAAUCACUUCCCAUCAGGAAAUUGCAAUGUACUUAGGAAAACCAUAAAAAAUAAGGAGUUCUUGAUAGCCUGCAUAGAAGAUCAUCAUUACAAAGUUUCAAAUUUUUGGAAUGGACUUUGGAAAUCAAAAUGGAUUUUUUCAGUAACUCCAUUUCUCACCCAAGUAAUUGGGUCAAUUUAUGUGAAAGCACACUUUUUUAAACAUAUCAACUUUCACAUUGAUAUCAGUAAAGAUGUACAGGACUCCUUGGAUGUGGUUAACCAAGCUCAACUGGCGUUAGGUUUUGCCAAGUUUGUAGAAGAGCAAGAAAACAAAUUUCAAGCUGCAGUCCUAGAAGAAUUACAGGAGCUCACUAUUGUACUGAAAAAAACUUUAAGAAGAGAUCUUCCAGUGACUCGUACUUAUAUUGACUGGCAGAGAAUAGUUAAUGAUAUGAAGUUGGUGAUGUAUCCUGUGCAUGGAUAUAUCAGUUACUCAAAAAACGCAUUAUGCAACUGGAUCACAUAA